UAGUUCCAUUUAUUUAGCUUCGUCUUGUGUGUCUUAAAGUAGUUCAUGUUGGAUUUUGAUAUAUGCUUUGGAUCAUUGUCGUGUUGUAGAAGCCAGCCUCUUUUCAGGUUCAGUUUGUUGACUGACUGCAGGACAUUUACGCAGGAUUUGCUGAUAUUUAGAGGAAUCUAUUUUAUCUCAUUCAAGUGUAAUUUUCGCUCCACGACAUUUAUCUGUCAGCUGAAUUUACACUUUAAUAUAUGAUGAUAUUACUGUCAAAACAAAUACACUGAAUAUUAGCUGUUAUAGUCUAUGAAAACAACCUAGACUUUAGAGGUUAUUUUAUUCUGAAAGCACUCCCCGGAAGUAAGGUGUUUUCACUCGACAGCUGUGUUUCCUGUCCAUCCACGUUCCCGCUAUUUACUCCACCCCGCCCAUUAGCUUGGAAUGGACAGGUUUGGGAAUGUUUUGGAAUAAUAUGCUUUGACCCCCCACCCAGCCCUACCUCCACCCAUGAAGUGCUGGAGAUAAAUUAAAUCAAUAUGCAGGGCGAUAACUGUGAUCCGGACAGGCCCGCUCAUCCCGGGAUUUUCCCAGCCGGUGAGGCCGGGCAGAGCGACCACCAGCCUGCAGAACUCAGCGUGGACUUCCCGGUGUCUGUGGUUCUUCCUGCCGGCGGCACCGGAGAGAGAACCGGACUACAAACACCAAAACAGUUCUGCUCGUUUCUGGGUAGACCACUCAUAAGCUACACUAUCCAGGCUUUCGAGAGGGUGUCAUGGAUCCAGAGCAUUGUGGUUGUUGUUGCCAAAGAAAACUUGGACCUGAUGACGGACAUCAUCCAGCGCUUCCAGCACAGGAAAGUUCGAGUGGUGCCAGGCGGGUCGACUCGACACAGAUCGAUCUGCAAUGGGGUCCUGGCUCUGGGUGAGCAGGAGGAGGGGGAGAGGCUGCCGACAGACAGGCCAAAGGUGGUCAUCAUCCAUGAUGCUGUGCGGCCUUUCGUGGAGGAGGCCUUUCUGUACAAGAUAGCCAUGGCUGCUAAGGAACAAGGGGCAGCGGGAGCCAUCCGACCUCUUGUUUCAACAGUGAUAGCCACCACAUCAGAGGGUUACCUGGAUCAUUCUCUGGAGCGAGCCAAAUAUAGAGCCAGCGAGAUGCCUCAGGGAUUCACAUAUGAUGUCAUCUAUCAAGCCUAUCAGAGGUGCACUGAGUCAGACUUUGAGUUUGGCACCGAGUGUCUCCAUCUGGCUCUGCAGUACUGUGGCACCAAUGCCAAGCUCAUCGAGGGUCCGCCAACACUGUGGAAGGUGACCUACAAGCGGGAUUUGGCUGCUGCAGAGUCAAUCAUCAAAGAGACUCUAUCUCGGUCGGCCUGCGUUAUCACAGGUGGAUCAGCACAAGCUGUGACAUUGGCUGAUGCCUUCCAGAAGGCUGCUGGAGCCCUGGACAUGUGCAAGCUCCACUUGGGUGGCCCCGUGGUGAGACUUGCCAUCUGCGGUCAGGCCUCUAAUGGAGCCUGUCUGGGACAUCCACACUCUGCAACUUUUCCUCCUCCUCAUUUUCUCCCUCCAACCCCGACCUCCACCUCUCACUCCCCUGCAUGCAGGAGAGCAGAUGGCAGUUAUAUUUCCUGUAUCGUGGGAGUUUGCUUGAUUAAUGGAGUGUUUAGUGAUGAGCUCUUGCCUUCUCCUCCUCAUCUUCCUACCACCUCAGCUCAGUCAGACUUGACAAGCUCCCAGUUUCCACCACAGUUCAUAUCCCUCCCUUUCAUUCUCAAUCUACUUUUGGGCACAUCAAAUUCCCAUGUUGUCCUCAGCCCAUGUUGCAAACAUCCUCCAUUUAAUUAGUAAAAUUGUUCCUAAUAGACAAUGGAAAACAGUAUCCAUAUGCAAAACAGUAAAGAAUGACAGUCUGAGAUAUUAAAUCUGACGGCACAAACCACGCAGAGGUUCCACAUGUGAAAUGGUCUCUUUUACCUCAACAACUGUUAGGUUCCCUUGAGCAAGCCACGUAACCAGUGACUCAAGCAAACUUUUGUCUUUCUUUAAAAAGAAGGAUGAAAAGCAACCACAGAUUUUGGGUCUGCCUGAGAGAAAAGCUUUUGUCCAAAGUUGUAUUUAGAACAAUAAAGUGAUGAUCACCUUAUUGUUGCAAUACAAAAUCAGUCUGUGAAUAAGUUUCAAAUGUAUUUUUGUGCCAAUGAACCCUACAGUAAAGGUGUAUGGGUACAAGAUGGAGCAUUGUGUUACGUUGUAGGGAAGCGCUUGUUGAGCUAAGAGGGGUGGACAAACUGUUAUGAGUACCUGCGCAGUUUAAUUCCAACAGUUUCACAACACAUACUGCCUAUGUAUAGCUUAUAAUGUUUUUGUUUUAUUAAAAGAACAGAACAAUCCUACAGAAAAAUAAUCUUAAAAAGAUGACUAUGAACAGUUUGUUGCCAGGUUCAAUAGAUCCCAGUGGUGACCUACAGUCACAAGCAAGUAAACGUCAAGAAGUAUCAGAAUGUCCAAAAUCAGUAUGUUAAUGUUUCUGUAGCAUAGGUAAAUGCACCACUUCAGUAUCACGGCAUCAUCUCCCCAUAACUUAGCAGUUGUCCACUAGGUUGAUUUACUGAUGUAGGUGAGGAUUGGAUGGAUUUUUUGUGCUGUUGUUGUUUUUCAAGGUUGUAAUUUUCAACAGGGACAGGUGAGACAUGUACCUCUCACUUUUAAAAAUCUUACCCACCCCCUCCUGACUUUUACGGUGUAAGCUUGUUUGACUAAAAUCUUUCCGAAUACUCUCCUUUUACUGUCCAGCUGCUAAUAUUCAGAUGAGAGAAGAGAGGAGCUGACUACAAACAAAGCUGAUCUGUUUAUCCAUGUCACCUUAAAUUAUAUUGUGCACUUUACAAGCAGUGAGUGAUUCAUGGACUGCCCUGGGUUUCGCAUAUGAUGCAACACACCUACUUUAUUUUUUUGCUGGAGGUUGUUGAGUCUCUGAGAGUAAGAGGUGCAGGCACAACUCAGCACAGCCACCUCAUGUGUAUACUUUUCUUUAUGAUAAAUAUUUUCUUAGAAACAUGUUAAAAUUAAAGUCAAAUAUGUAAUAUGAUGGUACAACAUAAACAUUAGGUAUCAAUUCUAGAUUGAUAUCAAUGUAUAUAAAUGCAAAUAUAUAAUUCUGAAACCAAAUCUACACUUUGACUGAAAGGCGUUCAUGCUGUGUCGUCCACCCCAGUAUGUACUGUAUACGGGGGAAUAACAUGACAUAUAAUAACUGUGUAAAGCAAUCCUGUAAAACAACAUCAAAGUAAGGUAUAAGUGGGGAUGGAGUUGAAUCAAAACAUCCCUGACAAUAUAAGCUUCACAAAACGUUGCAGGGCUUUUGUAUUGGAUCACAUGUGAUUCCACAGGUUUUCCUUAUAUUGUGUCCAUCCCUUUAUGUUCUCAUAUUUCACAUCCAUCACCUAUUACUCAUCUCCAGAGCAGACACCCAGUUUGACAAAUUGCCCACACAUGGUUUCAUGUAUAGGAAUGUGUCCUGGAUCAUCCUGAUGUAUAUACAUAUAUAUUCCAUGGGUGUAGCUGUUGAUAGUGGAGGGGGGCAGCAGAGCACGGCGUAUUACAUGUUUCCGUGUUCCACCGUGAUCCAAACAGUCCGUCCUCCUUUAAACUUGCUCCAAGUCCUUCAUCAGCCGUCGUCAAACGGGCAGAUCUUGCUGUCUAGUGCUGGACCGGGCCCCAGAGACGGAUUGGGGUCGGUGUCGGCCUCUUUGGAUUGGCUGAUUGGAGCCAUUCCCGUCUGUGCUCAGGUGGCCCGUGGGGCUGUCUGUUUUUCCGGUGCGUGUGUUCGGAACCAGAUACAUCCUUUUCAGGGAGUUUGGGAGAGAGGAAGAAUGGAGGAGGAGAUGAAAGGCGAGUGGAAGAAGCGGAAGAUGAAGAAUUACCUUUGUCCCAAUGCCAUUUUGUGAAUCUAAUACAGGGAUAAGCACCGUUGGGCUGCAGAGGCUCAGCUGAAAACUGACAGUAUAGUGUGUGUGUGUGUGUGUGUGUGCACGCAGGUGGAGGAUUUGGCAGCAUGUGUAUGUGAGAGAGGAAGACAUUCACAGUAAGAAUAUGAUUAAGGGAUUCUCUCAGCAGGAUGUUACAGUGAAAGAUACAUUUGAUCCAUGUUAAAUCCAGGCUCAUACAGAAAAGGAAAAGUUGAUGUGAAAUUCAUACAAAAAUGAAUCUGUCAAGUUAACUCCUGAAAUACUGCAUUUAGGGAGGAGGACGUUUUUGUUUUAAGCUUUAUGUACUCAGGGAAGUUUUCCCUGAGUACAACCUGUACACAUUCACACAGUUAAAGUUUAUCCCCUAAAGUGCUUGUUUUUGCCACUGACAGGCUCAGAUUUUGUCUGACAACAUUAUGGAUAGGAUUCCUACAGAGAUGGACCUUUUGGUCAAAGAGUAAGGUCCUUUUUGUUUAACCAGAAACACUGGCUGCAGUUUUUAAUGUUAUGAUGAGUUAAAGCACCUAAACUCCUACUUUGCCUUUCGUUACACAAUGAGGAUGCAUCAAUUAUUCAGACAUUUGGCUGCAGUGAAUUUGGAAAAAAGGCUAAACACAGAUGAGUGGAUGUUUUAUGGACACCUAAGUACAUAUACAAAGAAAAGUAUUUCAUUACAAAGGCAAAUCACCUCCUCUGUAUUCUCCCCUUUCUCACUAAUCCUUUUAUCUUGAUGUAUGAUAAUAUUGUUACAUUCAGUCCACAUCAAAACAAAUCCUCAGACUCAUGUAUCAACUUAGUGAAGGUUUUAAAGAUUAACCUCAAUCUAUCCUUUAGACAGAGUGCAAGGAAUAUUGUUGAGCAGACACCACACAGGAAACAAGCUUUUUUGUCUGUCAGCCACUGAUAGUGAUAAGUAAUGGCUUCCAAGUUUUUCCAAAUGCUUUUUUCGAGAAGAGAAAUUACCUCUGAAUGUGUUGAGUCAAAGUAUCCGGUACCGUGGAUAAGCAUACCAUACAUUGUCAGUGUAUUUGUAUCUACAGACGAAUUAAAGAAAAAACCUGAAGAAAACGAGUGGAGAAACAGGUAGUAAUGCCCCCGUCCAUCAAACACAAGGGCACACUGAAUGGUUUGAUGAGUAUGAAAAUAAUGUGAAUCAUGCUGUGGCCUUCACAGUCACCAGAUCUCAACCCAGUUAAAUCAUCAAAAGACCAAAUGAGGGAACAUCUUUUGGAAAAAUGGUGUUCCAUCCCCAGCACCUUAGUAGGACACUUUAUGUUGGUUUUUCCUUUAACUUGUCACCCAUCAGUACCUUGUAAUGGCUAUUAGAUUCCCACCUUGAAGCAGGCCAUGGGCUAAAAUGAUAAAUAAAGCAAAUAAACAUUGAUCAGCAACUGUUUGCUAAAAAAAACUUGAUAAAAUGUCAUAUGUUGUGUUAUAGCUCAAUUUCACACG